UAUUUCAUCCCCGUCAUUCUCCGUUUCCCCUCCCCACCCCCAAUCUUUCACAGGGGAUUUCACUUUGCCAGGAUACAGUCUGGUAAAUUUGCAGCAGCCACCACGGAGAGAACACAGGAACCCCCCUUGGGCCCGCCGUGUCCCUUUGACGGAGCAUUCUGGAUUCAGAGACCCCCCCAGCAGGGGUGCUUUGCUGGCAUUCCCAAGCCUCCUGCCAUCCCACAAGCUUCGCCUGCCCUAUCUCCCUCUUCGGCUGUUUGCUACAUGGAGAACAAGAGCUGCAAAGGGGACAGCCUGCGGCCAGCUGUCCAGUGCAAACACUCUGUCGAGAAGAAGACAAUGACCAACCCCACAACGGUGAUUGAAAUCUACCCAGACACCACCGAGGUGAACGAUUACUAUCUCUGGUCCAUCUUCAACUUCGUAUACCUCAACUUCUGCUGUCUCGGCUUCAUCGCCUUGGCCUAUUCUUUGAAAGUCCGGGAUAAGAAACUCCUCAAUGACCUGAACGGAGCUGUCGAAGAUGCCAAGACAGCCCGGCUUUUUAACAUCACCAGCUCGGCACUCGCCACUUUCUGCAUCAUCCUCGUCUUCAUCUUCCUGCGCUACCCGCUCACUGACUAUUAGAGCAAGGCCAGCAGCCGCUGCCGAAAUGCCUCAGUGCCAGAAGUGUCCAUCGAAUUUCCUCCAGCAAGGACAUGAAACAACAAUCCAUCUUGAUUGCAAAAAAUAAAUACAAAGUAAAACCCACCAAGCCACGCCCCCCCUCCCCCAACUCCCAACCCUGACUGGUAUUUGCACUUCUGUAGAAAAAGAAAUUACUUUUACAUUUUUUACAGAAAAAUAUUUAUUUUCAUGAUAAACAAAAGUGGGUGAUGACAAUAUGCAAAGCUUAGAACUAACCACAACAUGAGCCAAUAGCUGUGUAGCUAGAUGCUGCAACCAUAGUGGCGGCCGAGGAGUCAGAGAGAACAUUGUGUCAUCGAAGAUCCACUGAUUAAAGUUACAUAAGCAGCCCAAGCGCUGAGCUGUGUUUUAGAUGGAAAACAGCAAAUAGCCCUAUUGGGAGAGCUGAACUCCAGAUCUACCGGGAAGUAUGUGCACUGAUUUAGAGCUCAAGAGAGGGAGGAAAAAUGCCUGCUACUGCAAGAUAAAACUGAGAAGUAAAGCAGGGCAGAUUCAGGACAUAUCAGAUGUGUUCAGGCUGCUACCACGUCCUCUCUCUCUCUCUCUUCCCCUCACUCCCUUGUAUAUUUUGUUCUUUUCCUCUUUUUAUACAUUUAUUCAUUGAAUUUCAUUUGAAGGCCAGACUAGUUUACCAUUCCCCAUCCCCAGAGAGCUUUAUCCUUGAGAGUUCAUAGUGGAGAAUCCUGAAGCCGCCCGAUAAACCCCAAAGAAUUAAAACAAAACAAAACUCCUCCAUGGAAUCUCCUGCAAAUGCCGAGAACGUAGGCAACCUUUGGAGAACUUGCAUAUAUCCUGUACACCGACUCCUACUGUAUUUCUGUAAACUUUCAAUAAAGAUAAUAAUACCUCUGCC